UUGAAUGAGGAGAGGAUUUUCCAGAGUCAAGGGGGAACAGUUGAUCGUUACAUUUCUUAGCUCUUCUCUUACUUCUCUGCAUUCCCCGCCGCCACUCUCCGCCACCGCCUAUUCCUCCUUUGGGAUUCAGUUCUUCCUCAAUUUCCCGCUUUUUCGCUGUUUUUCUUCAUCAUCUACGUCGUCCGAGCCACUGAUUUCUUCAUUUCUGCCGUAUUCUCCGCCAGCAAUGCCAGGGGCCGGUUCUCAAGACGUGGAAUGGCCGGCCAACCGCGUGAGGGACACAUUUUUUCGAUUUUUUGAGGAGAAGAAUCAUGUUCAUUGGAAGUCUAGUCCUGUUGUGCCGGUUAACGACCCGACCCUUCUCUUUGUUAAUGCUGGUAUGAAUCAGUUCAAGCCCAUUUUUUUGGGCACAGCUGAUCCUAAUACGUCUUUGAGCAAGCUUACCCGAGCUUACAACACCCAGAAAUGCAUGCGUGCUGGUGGGAAACACAAUGAUCUCGAUGAUGUUGGAAAAGACACUUAUCACCAUACUUUCUUUGAGAUGCUUGGCAAUUGGUCGUUCGGUGAUUACUUUAAGAAGGAAGCCAUCGAAUGGGCCUGGGAGCUCCUUACCCAGCUCUGCCAGCUCCCGUUCCGAGGAUAACAACCAAUCGUGGGAGAUCGUCAAACGUGCUCAAGGUUGGAACCUUAAGUAUGCUCUAUGGGGUAAGGCUCUUGUUUCAAACUUGCACCUCUUCUCCUGCGGUCUCAGCCUUCACGACUAGCCGGACGAGUUCAAGAAGCUCCCCAAACCUCGACAAUGCGGGUAAGAUAAGCGCAAGACUUCAGAAGGAAUGGCUUCCAAGUUCCUCGCUCUCGGAAGUGGAAAACGAUAGCAUGCGUCCACCUCGGUUGCUCAACCUGCGGCACCCCAGGUGUCACAAUCGCACUUUAACGGGACUCACGAAGCGAUUGUGCGACACUUGCUUUCACCCUCUAGCAAGUCAGCAAAUGUGGAAACGAAUAGCCGGUGGCACAAAGGCUAUAUGUCGCAACCUCCACCCCCGUUCUCGAGAAAACGGUUUUGGAAAACGGGGUUAGAGAAAAAGGUUUUG